ACAACACGUGCAUCUCUUACUUCUCCAUAAUAUUUCGUCUCACGAAACCAAUUCAAAUUUCGGAAAUUUAAAAAAUGCCGAAAUCCCGCGAAAUUCGAUAGAUUUUGUUUUAUGAUGAAUUGAACUUUGGUGGUUUUUUUUCUGCAGUUUUGCAAACUUUUUGGAGGAAAUAUGAUGGUGACUUACGGAAAGGAUUUCGGGGGACCUGGAGAACCACCUGAGAGCCCCAGCUACGUCAGACCUAUGGAGAGCAAUGUGGAAAUCCUCAUUAGAAUCUUAGGAGUUGUCACUGCAAUCAUUGUGUGCGGAGUUGGAGCUGAUAUCGCUUACCAUCGACACGUCAUGGGUUAUUACGUUACAGUGGCUUCAGCCCUGAUUUUCUUCCUCGAGAUUACCUGGGCCAUCACACUGUUCGUGCAGAUUUGUCUCAGAAAUGACGAGUCUCAUUGUUCACGCUGUUGGUCGUCUGUGUUAAUGGUAACCAGAGGCUGGCGGAGAGUUUUGUUUUAUCUACCACUGUCUUGUAUUUUGGCCUGGAAACCGCACAACUUGUGGCUCUCCUUUGUCGCCGCUGGACUGUUGGCUGUUUUAUCUCUGCUCUAUGUCAUCUCCAGUGCAUUGAGCCAACGAGAAAGUGCGACGGCUCCCGGCGAUUCAAUGGGCGAGAGCCUUUUGAAUACAAGACCAGAGGCUUAUGAUCGGUUUGAAGAAGUCUUGGUAACUGAAGUCCUGGACGACGGUGUUUCCGGGCCAACAAGCGACGGAGAAAUGUGACAAGAGCGUCAGCCCUCGUGGGCCAGCGAGACCGACGAGGACAGUGAGCCCGAGCAGCGUACAUGUCAAAUAGCAACGUUAUCCUAGUUGCAGGGGAACGAUGUCAUUGGUACAUCGGCAUUUAUCGAAUCGUGGCCACCAUCGACAUCCUUGGGAAGGGAUGACAAUAAUGAAGGAGCCCUCCAGCUUCAAGUGAAAAGUCUCUGUCUCGAGAAACAUUGAUUUCUCAAGCGUAUUUAACAUCUGUGACCUAAAUUUUCACGUUGUUUGGACUCACCAUUGAGCAAAGGUAAUUUUGCGGGAUCAGAAGUUGUUUUCUGGAGCGCGGGCGGGAGUGAUUAAAAAAAAAAAAACUUUGGAAAAAGUUCAAUAAAAGGAGGAUUACGGUGCAAGUACUGGGGUUGACGUGAAUUUUGUUGAUUUACCAUUGAAAAUGCAUGACGUUUUUAGGUGAUCGUAAUUUUAUCUGUAUUAUAUGUAUGAGUGAGACAAUUUGAGUGAUAAUCAGUGAAAUGAGAUAUGCAGAUCGAGCUGAGAAUCUUUAUUGUAACAAUUUUAUACGUAAAACAAGUGACUAUGUUUCGCAUUAAACAUCUAUGAUAAUAAUGUAAAACGGCUAUCAAAGAUUUAUUCGCUAUCGUCAUAUAUUAAAUUAUGUUUGUUGUAUAUGUACUAAUACCAAUUGAGUAAAAAUCUUAUUCAACAAAAAUAAAAAUCGUGAGAUCUAUAA